UUGGCGGAGACCUGUAGUUUUUUCCCGCAUCCAGCCCCUCUUCCUGCCCUGUUCCUCGUGUCCUUCAGAAACUCAUGGCCUGCGCCAUUUUCGGUCCUUCACAUCCAUUGCGCGCCGACGUUUUUCUCUCCUCGCCAACAUUCUGUACAGUAACCGCCAUUUCUGGCGCCUGUAUUUCUAUUUCUCCAGAAUGCAAUUCGUCUUCCUUCCUGACGCUUCCAGCGUACUGCGUUCGUCGGCUGUGCUUGAGUUUCAUCAACAGGAUUUGUUUAGUGAUUUUGGAUAGAUUGUUAAUGAUUCGCUCGCUUGGGAAGGGUUUGCGCGACUGGCGCGUGAGCAGCAGCAGAGGAUUUCGCUGAGUGUGUGCCGUCGACAUUAGUGUUGCGUUCCUCUGAUUGGGACAGUUUUAAGUUUUUGACUUUGGUCUACAGUUGGCUGGAGUACGAGUGAACUCAUUAUCUCGAGAGGCUUUCUGUCGAGCAUUGGAUUGCUGUCCAGCCAUUUAUGAAUUCAUUGCGAUUCGUGAACUCCUCGCUGACAGAGCUCCCUGUUUCCGUCAUCUUAGAAAUAUGAGCUUGCUCGACUGUGCAAGCCUGGCGCCAAUGCACAUCGAUUUUGUGGUGGUCACCACACGUUUUGGCGUGAAUGUCUAAACCAAUUGUAAGUUCUGACCGGCGGUGGUUUGCAUAGAUUACAGUCUUUGCCGAGUUGUUCGAGCAACGGAUAUCCCAGGAACGGUGAGUUAUUCACCUGGUUAGUGACUUGAGCUGUCGAAGAUGUCGACUAUCAAAGAAGCACCGGAGCCGAAGAUCUCCACCUACUUACAAAUACUUUACGGGCUCUUCAAUUUCCUUCUGUUGGGACUGAUGAUAGUGAGUGUUGUGAACAUGGGAACCUAUGUUAUAUCUGGUGGAGGUCCAACCUCGAAUGCCACUUCACCUCCCGUCUAUCUUCAUCCGGCACGUUUUGAUACUUCCAUGAGGAAAGUUGAGGAAAACAGGAACCCAACCGAAUCUUCUCAUUGCUCAAUGGGAUCUUGCUUCGAUUACUCUCGUUGCGACGGCAUGGAGGAGCUUCUGGUGUACCAUUACGACUCGCCUAGCUCUCAGGCAUGGUACUUCAAACAAGCAUUGGAGAAAAGUCCUUAUUAUACUGUGGACCCAUCGAAAGCGUGCCUGUUUUUCGUCACCGUUGACACCAGAGCUGAGCAUGCUCUCGAUUUCAACACUCUGCCAUACUGGAAUCACGGUCUGAACCAUGUGAUUAUCUCCGUCUCAGACAACUGGGCCAAACAGAAAACCCUCAUUCCAGACGUGGCCGAAAUGGCGUCCACAAUGACUUCCAGUACGCAUCGAACGACUUACCGCGAAGGAUUCGACAUUAGCGUUCCUCUCCCUCAGAGGAAAUUUUAUCUGGAGUUGCAGAGACGCAAGGCACUAGAAAGGAAAUACUUUUUGACGUUCACGGGAACCCGGUUUUUGGGAAGGUCGGGAUUGCGCAACAACGCGGUCUUGAGAUCAAUGCACAAUGGAGAGAAUAUCAUUGUUGCUACCACUUGCAACCAGGGCCUGAAUUCUGAAGCUAUGCUCAAGCACCCCGAACUCCGAUCUGACUGCGCAAGGGACCAAUCCAUCUACGACAAAUACAAGUUCGAAGACUUGAUGGAUUCCACAUUCGGUCUAGUUUCAGCUGGAAGAGGGUCAAGCUCGUUUCGGCUCCUGGAGGUUUUGUCUGCUGGUUCAAUUCCUGUCGUUAUCUCUGACAAUUUCGUCCUUCCAUUCGACACUCUCAUCGACUGGAGUAGAUGUUUAUAUGUAUUCCCUUCCUCCCAGAUGCAUAGAAUAGUGCGCACCCUCCGCAGUCUUCGCGAGGAAGAUAUUGAAUUUAGAUGGAGUUACUGCCUCUUCAUCUACCGUGAGUUUCUUGCGGACGAUGACAAGAUCGUUAAAACUGUAGCUAUGGCGCUUAAGGCCAGAUUUUUUGGUGCUCUACCUAAGCUGAACCCUAACAUCCCCCUUCUGCCACGACACUUGACCAUGGAGUAUGCCAUGUCGGAGUUCCUCUAGGGCGUCGAAGAUGUCGGACGGAUGUGGGGAUCAAACUCAGGUCUCAAUGAUCUGAUGUACAUUAGAUUUCCUCCUCAAUUACGGUGGACAUAUUUGCAGCAGUAUUACCUCGGUUAGAGUACUCCUAAGCAGUUUUAAAAGGGAUCAUCUCCUAUUAGAUAGUUCAUGAGGUUUCACCUUGUGAAAUGUAUCAUAGAGUUGAGGGUACAAUUCUAUUGUGAAGAACAGCUUUGAGCGGUCUGCUUGUAUGACCACCACCUGUUCUAUUUGAAAGUUAAAUCAGUGCUCCUCUGAGUCGGAACACAUCAUCAUUUUCUUGA